UGUUUGAAUGUUGGAGGCUGAGACGCAGGUUUGAAGAAACGAGCUGCGAGAUUUCAUCUGAACUCUAAAAUAUUUUUAAUAUUUACGGACGCCAGCUAGACACUACAGUCGGGGUGAUCAUUAAAGUCUGUAAAGAGCGGCUGAGACUGAACAAAAUGGACACAGCAGUGAAAAAGAGCAAUAAAGAAAACACCAAGCCACUGGCUGGUCAGAAAAGGCCAGAGUCCAGAAGUGUCAUAUCAAAGCAAAAGCUGACUAAAGUUGCACCGCUGCAGUCCAAAAAUGACCUUAAGGAAGAAAAGAAGGAGGGGAACCUGGGAGAAAAGCCUGAGGCGAAAGAACAAGUCAAACCAGUAACCAAGACCAACGCGUCAGAUCCUAACAAGCGGAAAACGCUGAGCCAGGCUUUCCGCACCGAACAGUCUGUUAGACACAGAAAACUGGUGGUGGAGGCCCAAAAGCCCCCACCAACAGCACCCCCUAAACCCAUCCCGGGCACCUACAAGGGCAGAGUGGUGAAGUCUAAAAUAGACUGCUUCAGGAAGCCCCCCAGUGGUGAAGAGAAAACAGCUGAGGCAACAGCAGUCGCUAAAUUCACUAAACCAAGCGUGCCUAAGCCUAAACCUGACGUGGGAACUUUGUCCAAAAUUCGAUCAAAGAGUGUCACCACUUUACCUGGUUCCUCUAGACCACCCCGACCUCAGCCUAAUUUGCCCAGCAGAACCAAGUCGGUGUCGGAUGUGCAGCUAAAUGUGGCGGAGAAGCCAAUCCAGAGGUCCAUCUCUCAAAGACAAAUCCCACCCAAAGCUCCAGCAUCCGCUCGACCCACCGUGCCUCGCCCAGCAACCAUACCACCAAGGCCGGCUCCGGUGACCACAGCUCGUCCAGCCUCCAGCAAGAUCACCUCGUUCAUCAGAAAGAAGGAGCCAGCAGUGCAGAGCGUCAAACCCAAACCUGCAGCAGCUGCUGUGGAGCAGAAAGCCCAAAGACCGGCCACCGGCACCACCAGCCAGUACAGAAUCCGAAUGGAGACCGCAGAGGAGAGGAAGGCAAAGUUGGCAGAAUGGCUGGCAUCAAAGGGGAAGACCCUGAAAAGACCACCGAUGACGGAGAAGGCGGCUCCUCCAGCAAGCAAACCUGCUCCACCACCCAAAGCCACACAGGAACCCAGUAAGGUAGCACAGCUUGAGCCUCAAGCAGAACCUGAGGAGAACCAGCCUGGCUGUGAGGAGACGAGUAACGAUCAGCCUCAAUGUGAUCUCGUCCCUCAGAGCAAGCCGGUGUUCUCCAGCAGCCCAAGCCACAUCAUGAACACAACACUAGACCUACUGGACAGUUCAGUUAUGGAUCUUCCUGUGGAUCCGGAGAUCAGAUUGGAAUCGCUGGUACUCAACUUGUGUGACAAGCUGGAUGCGAUGGAAAUCCCUUCUUCUUGUGAGAGUGCAGAUACAAAGACGGGUGAUGAUGAUGAUGAAGUUGAGAUUUUGGUUAACGUCAAGGUGGAAGAAGAAACGGUUAAAGAAUAUGAGAUCCUGGAAGAGGAAGAACUGGAAGUAAAGCUAGAAUCAGUGGAUGAUGUUGCAGUAGACGGACAGGAGGUCAAAGUAGAGUGUGAAGAGAAGGUUCAGGAGCGGAAAGAUGUGAAGCUGUUUAAAGAUGAGGUCACAGAGGAGGAGGAGGAAGAGGACGACGAUGACAGUGAUGAUGAGAAGAUGGAUUCCACACCUGCUGAGGUUACGGAAGCAUCUGUGGUGAAGUACAGUGUGAGAACGACUCCGUUCCUGCAGAGUGUAAAAAAGAGGAUCGAGGCUGAAGGAGAAACAGCAGGCAGCGCCUCUCGCCGCAAGAGCGCCAUCAAGGACCUGAAAUUUCUCACGCCAGUUCGCCGCUCAUCACGCAUCCAGCGCAAAUCCUCCCGUCUGCCGGACAUGCUGACUGACCACGACCCCUGCGUUUCCUCGCUGGCUGAGCUGGUGCAGCUGGACGACGCAGACUCCAAUGCCUACAUCUACAGGAAGAACCCUGCUCUGCUGGACCACCUGCCCAACCAGGCUGGAGACUUGGAGAGGCUAUCAGAAGAGAAAAAAUAAGCUGAAGUGAUGGGAAAGGUGCAAAGGUGUUUGAAUGUUUUUACUAAAUGAAUAUACAAAUGGCCUAACCAGGCUCCGCCCACAAAUCAGUUCAGCCUUUCAUAGCUGCAGCUGUAAUUGUUAAUACUUGAGAUGUAAACAGAGUGGUUUAGUGAGAAAUGCUUUAUUGUGGAGACUCAGAUGUCUUUAAAGUGGUGGUGAUAGGAACCAGGGGUUGCCAUGACUACAACACAAAUAUAGAUAUUUUAUUUACUAUCUAUAAGAGAUCAUAAAUCAUUAAACUGUCAGACAUCAAGCGGCGUAUUCAUAACCUUUUCAUGUAAUAACAUCGUACCAAUCCGAAUGACUUUAACAUCUUGACUGUUUAAAUUGUGAAAUAUUGGUGGAAUUUCCCUGGCAAUGACGUAGAUUUUUUACCAGCGUUCUGUAAAGCUUGUCGAGCCAUGAAAGAACACCUUUGUGGGCGGAGCCUGAAGAGGGGAAUUGAACCGCUCUAAUUAACAAAGAUGACACUGAUGACUUUUCUAAUUUAUCUAACACUGCUGGGGAUGGAUCUGCCUCCAGGUAAGCUAACAAAGCAAGCUGCUUUCCUUUUAACUGAUAAAAGAAGUGUAUCAAAGCUUACAUGCCUCAUUUUAAGUAAUAUUACCCUGUGGGCUGCCAUAAGCACAUUAUUUACAUCAUUAUUUACAUUACAGUCAUAUUUACUAACAUUGGGCAGGUUACCACUGCUAAACUGCAUCCAUUCACUCAACGUGUAAAUCUUAAGGUACCAUCAUCAUGUAGAACAGGGUUUCUCGACCAUAAGUGGGCCACGAAGCACCCUUUGGUGGUGCUCGGGCCACUACUGAAGGACCAGUGGGCCAGUGACGGCAUUUCGUCGUGGCAAAUCAGUGAAAGAAAUUAUUGACUUAAUAAUAACAAUUAAAUUGUAGCCUCUUAAACUCCUUGAGACCACCGGUGGUUCCAAUACGCA